AUGGUCUCUACCCGAUCUUCUCAGGCGCACGAAGAGAAUGCCGAAUCGGCACCCGUUGUUGAUUAUCACGAGUCUUCCGGGGAAGAGAGCCAGAAUGAAGAGGAGGAGGAUGUGGAAGAGACGGACAAGAAGAAGAAGGAGAAAGGCGGGAGCAGCAAUGAGAGGAAGAGGCCCGCCCCAUCAGGCGAGGAGGGAAAGGUAGCCACGGCCGAGGAUGCUGCUCGGAUGGACAAUGACUCUCCCAUUCGACGCUUGUACAAAGCACUUGAACAGCAAGAGGAAAAGAAGGAAGCUGGGGAGAGUGUGGUGUAUUGGAUGAGGAUGGAAGACCUCCGAAUCGAGGAUAAUACCGCUCUAUCAAAAGCCUCAGAGAAGGCCAAAGAGCUUGGCGUACCGCUGCUGGUUCUCGCAGUACUCAGUCCGGGAGACUAUAAUUGGCAUGAUCGAAGUCCUAGGCGAAUCGACUUUAUGCUCCGGAAUCUGCGAUCUGUCCAGAGCAAACUUGACAAGCUCAACAUCCCCCUCAUCGUCAAGUCUUACGACAAACGCCUCACCAUCCCUCGAAAGGUGAUCACCGACAUCCUCCCUUCCCUCUCAGCUGCCCAUCUUUUCGGUAACAUCGAAUAUGAAGUAGAUGAAUUGACGCGCGAUAUCAAGACUGUCGAGCUCGCUGGGAAAGAAGGGAUAGAAGUGAAGUUGUUCCAUGAUAGACUGGCUGUACCGCCGGGCAGGAUCUUCACCCAGGCGGGCAAACCUAUGCAGGUUUACAGCCCUUGGCAGAGAGUAUGGGCAAGAAUACUUGAGGAAGAGCCUAAACUGCUUGUAAUGUCGCCUUUGCCAGAAGCCAACGACUCGGCUGUCCGCAAGCAUGUCAAGUUUUCCAAGCUCUUUGACACGAGAGUACCGGAGAGUGUCGAAGGUUUUGAGUGCCGAGAUCAAGAGUUCAUAGCAAAGCUCUGGCCAGAGGGGACCGAGGCAGCCAAGGAGGCAACACAGUUCCUUGACCGAUUCUUGCAUACUAAAGCUCAGCAGAACAAUUUCGGUGACACUCCGCCGAUUUCUCAGAACGCUGAGAAUUCCGACAAAGACUCCAGGAUCCAAAAUUAUGGUGCAGGGCGCAACUUGAUAGAUGGCAAUAACAGCUCCAAGCUGAGCCCUUACCUCGCUAGUGGUGUCAUCAGCGUGAGGCAAGUGUUGAAUGAAGCCAAGAAGUUGGGGAAAAGUGGGAAGUUGGAGAGUGGACGGGAGACGGGCGUGGGCAUGUGGGUGCAAGAGGUUGCUUGGCGAGACUUCUAUAACCAGGCAAGUCCCAUCGAGUUAGACUUCUCCAUGGGUCGCCCCUUCCAGGAAAAGCUCGCAGACGUUCAAUGGGAGACGUCCGAGUCCAAUCUACAAGCCUGGAAAGACGGCAAGACUGGGUACCCUAUCGUCGACGCCGCCAUGAGAGCGUUGAACGCCCGGGGAUGGAUGGAGAAUAGGUUGAGGAUGGUGACUGCCAACUUUUUGAUCAAAGAACUCAUGUUGGAUUGGAGGUUGGGCGAACGCUACUUUAUGCAGAGUCUGAUUGACGGUGACCUGCCUUCCAACAAUGGCGGCUGGCAGUGGGUGGCCAGUACAGGAACCGACCCCCAACCCUAUUUCAGGAUCUUCAAUACUAUAACUCAGUCCGAGAAAUGCGACCCCGAAGGAUCCUUUAUCCGCCACUGGGUCCCUGAGCUCAAGGAUGUCAAGGGUAAGGCGAUCCAUGAUCCCCACAAGCAUUUGUCUUCGGCCGAGUUCGAGAGGCUGGGGUAUCCUGCUCCUCUCGUUGAGCACAAGGAGGCGCGUGAGCGGGCGCUGUUCAGAUACAAGAAUGUGGGAGAGGUUUCCGAUGAAGAGUAG